UCCACGCGCGCGCCUAGGAGACAAGCAGAGGGAGGAAGGACGACAUAUAAGUGCAGUUAUAUAUUACAUUUAAGCAACAUUACGCUUUUCAAAACACAAUGCUAGUUCUAUCAGACUGAGCAACACUCGCUCGUUUCGGAUUUUUUGCGCUUCGCCAACCUCUUCUUGAACAUUUUUUUUGUUAUCCUUGUUGGGUUUGAGUUGACCCGCAACGGCUCCUUUUCCUAAAUAACAAUCCGCUCUAAAGGGAAUGCCAACACUUCCUGCAUAGGGGAAGCUGGUCUGAAGUGUGUUUCGCCUAAAAAUUCCUGGAUCCAGUUCUGGCAGGGUGGAUUUAGAGCACGGGACUGCUUUUCUGACACAGUGCAUCGGUACACUGCUGCUCCUCGCGCCUCCUCCUCCUCCUCCUCCUCCUCUCGUGCUGACCGGACAGUGGUUCGCGGACGCGGAGACUUGAAUAGCGAUAGUGGAAGUAGAGGCUCGCGAGGCUGAGCAAGGGGAGCUGUCCGGUGCUGAAAGAACAAGGCGGGCUGCGCGAGGAGGAGAACGCUUCAGGCCGCUCCAUUUAAGGCAGGCACAUUUCAACCAUGCCCGCGCGACGACCCUACAGAACAUUGAUCCUUUUAUCUCUUUUAUCUCCUUCUCAAUGUUGACUUCUGGAGCCUCACACUAAGUCUUCACACCGCGACGCCCAGCACGGAUUUUUUUUUAGAACGAAAGACGAAAGGAGAGGAAGAGAGAGAGAGAGAGAGGGAGAGCGAAUACGAAAUAAUUACACGUGGUGUUAUUAUAUAACUAUUUACAAAAAAAGACCCACGGUGUAGUUUGCUUGAACAAACACCGCGAAGAAGAAACUAUGUAUCAUCCGUUGGUGGAAACAUUUAAAAAGACAUAAGAAUUCGACAGUGAAGAUAUUUCGUUUUGAGCUUAAGUUUUCGGGUGUGCGACAUCAAGAGCUGACUCGGCUGCUGUGUGAGUGUGUUUGUGAACGGAGACUGUGUGUGUGUGUGUGUGUGUGUGUGUGUGUGUGUGUGUGUGUGUGUGUGUGUGUGUGUGUGUGUGUGUGUGUGUGUGUGUGUGUGUGUGUGUGUGUGUGUGUGUGUGUGUGUGUGUGUGUUUGUGUGAGCGUGCCGUGUAUGUGCGUUGGAACCACCGCUCCGCCACCAUGCCCCGCUCUUUCCUCGUGAAGAAAGUCAAGUUGGAUGAUUUCGCGGCGGCCGACCUGGAGAGCGCGUACGGCCGCAGAGAGGAGCACACGCUCAGCCUGCGUUUCCACCACCAUGACAAAGGCUACAUCAGUGACUAUCUGAGCCCGUCGCCGUAUGACGUGGUGGUGGACAGCAACGCCACGGCCGCCGGCGUCCUCUCCUCCAAGGUGCCCUCGCCGAGCCACCACCCGGCCAUCCUCUACGACCGCCUGCAUGACACCGACUACGGCGGUCUCCACGGCGACUCGGACCAGCCCGACAGCCCGCGCUCCGAGGCGUCGUCCGAGUCGGUGGCGUCCGAGUCGGCGGCCAGCAGCGGCAGUGGCGGCGGCGGCAGCGGCGGCUACAUCAACGGCGACGCGGCCGUCAGCGAUGGCUACGCCGUCGACGCCUUCUUCAUCACGGACGGGCGCUCGCGGCGGAAAGCGCUGGGGAACCCCCGUGGCGGCGGCGGUGGCGGCGGCGGCAUCGAGGGCGGGGUCGGCGGCGCGGCCGGCGGGGGCGGCGGCGGCGGCGUCGGCGACAGCAUCCAGAGACACACGUGCGGCGAGUGCGGCAAGACGUACGCCACGUCCUCCAACCUGAGCCGCCACAAGCAGACGCACCGCAGCAUCGACAGCAAGAUGGCCAAGAAGUGCCCGACGUGCGGCAAGGUGUACGUGUCCAUGCCCGCCAUGGCCAUGCACCUGCUGACCCACGACCUCAAGCACAAGUGCGACGUGUGCAGCAAGGCGUUCAGCCGGCCGUGGCUCCUGCAGGGCCACAUGCGCUCGCACACGGGCGAGAAGCCGUUCGGCUGCGCGCACUGCGGGAAGGCGUUCGCCGACCGCUCCAACCUGCGCGCCCACAUGCAGACGCACUCGGCCUUCAAACACUACAAGUGCAAGCGCUGCGACAAGACGUUUGCGCUCAAGAGCUACCUGAACAAGCACUACGAGUCGGCGUGCUUCAAGGGGGCCUUCUCGCCGCUCAGCUCUCUGGGGGACUGAUGGAGGUUUGUGGGUUUGUUUUUGUUGGGCGCUUUGGUUUUUUUCCGAGGGUGUGCUUUUUCAGCUGACUUGCUGAUUACGCGUUGUAGGAAGGCUGUCUUUCAGAAGUCGUUAUGGUGUGAGUUAGAGACGUUACGGGCUAGUUGGUAUGUUUUACCCGCCUUUUUUGACGAAACAUGUAUGCACCGUUUAUCUCUAGCUGACUCCACCCAAUUGUUUUUAUAUUUUGAAUUAUCUCUGACAAUUUUGGAACCAAUCUCUCUUCUGGACUGUUUUGUAUGUCAAUGCCAAGAUGACACAAAAGCACAGCGCUCUGUUAUUUCUGACAGGCACAAUAUAUUCACAAAAUAUUCAUCAAAUAUUGUAAUUAGAUUUAACAGAACCUUUUUGAGAACAAAAUACUCACAUUAUGCUCUUUGAAAAAUGCUGUUGCCUGUUUCAAUUCUGCAAUAUAAAAUUGUAUACAAGGAUAUUAUGAAGCAUAAUUGGCUAAAGUCAACUAUAACAAGAUAAUUUGCAUUUGAGAUGUUAGCAUGAAUGGCUUUGACCAUUGACAUUUUGUUAUCGAGCCACCAAAAAGGCAAAAUAUAGUCAAUUUAACCCAGCAUCAGGUUGAAACAAAUAAUAUUUUGUUUUUCUAAAAUUAAAGUAGAUGAAACAUAACUUUCUCACCAGUACGGUGAAGUAAUGGUGAGAAUAACUUUUUGAUGGAUGUUGAAACGUCGACCGUUUUUGGAGUUUAUUGAUUUUCAGUUACAAUACUAAGAAACCUGUUGCAGAUUUUGUAGCAAAAAUGGUCACGAGAGUCCCGACAAAUGGUUGGAAGUGGGGCAGUACCAUGUGUUUGUUUGCGUUGCUAACCAGUACGGAAUGUAACCUAGCAUAAGAGGGACUGUAAAAAAAGGCUAGCACAGAUAAAUGACAAAAUGUUGUUACAACUGACAAGCGAGAACAGUAGAUCGUGACAAGGCAUACAGGAUGCGGAUGAUUUCAAGUAUUAACUCGGUGCCUGGAGCCAAUGGACCAUGUACCGACAACCGACCAGCAGUCGACUUCGGAAACAGCUCUUUCUUCAUUGACUAAAUAUCAAACAUUUGUAAUAAUUUUUUGUUUUCUAUUUGCAAAGUUUAAAAGAGGAUAUGGACAUUGAAAAUGCCUUGAAACGCCUCCUAAGGUACCUUAUAAAGAUACGAAUUGACUCCCCAAGUGUUAGAUGCUUAUAUUCCUGUUGCCGAUUGGCCACACAUUAUUCUGCUUUGAACUUAAUAUCACUCUUACCUAUCUAUUUAUUUUCUAAUUUAUUUACUUAUUUUUUACAGUUUUGUAGUUGUAUUCAUUUGCACUUUCAUUUCUUUGAUUAGUUUUUGCCUUUGUUACAAAUAUGCCAAAGCAUUUGACACUUUCUAGUUACCGAAUAUUUAUUUUUGUCUGCCACUUUAUUAUAAAAGAGACUACUAAUGCAUGCAAAAAAAGUACCAAUAGCUUAAUAAUGGAAUCUAUGCCAAUUUAUAUGAAUCUUUGGGAUAUUUUGCCAAACGUAGACUCUGUCUUGGGUAAUAUUUAAUUCAUAAACGAUAGAGCAAUAAUGCAUGAGGUUAUUUUUUGAAAAAAACAAACAAAACAAACAAAAAACUGAAUCAUAACAAUAACUAAUAUACUAUCUUGUCAAGUACUAUCCUUCAUACACUGACGAAAAAAUAACACAUUUCAGGGAGUUUAACCAAGUCUGAGUCAAAUGGAGGGGUUUUAAAAAAAUGGGUUUACAGCCCUUACAUUCACGUGAGUUGUUACCUGUGACCUCUGGAAGAUUCCAUUUUGACUCUAUGAAUGAAUACCGUAGUAGUAGCUUUCACCUUAUUUUCAUAUUGUCACAUUGGCGGUGUUAAAAAAAGUGCAUCAAAUCAUCAGAUACUACGAAAGGAAGAAUGAAUAUUCACAAAAUGAUAGACUCCAUUCUCUUAAACUGUUGCUGUUUAGCAACUAUGGUUUGCAAAGAAAAAUGGUUGCUACCCAGAUACAGUUCUAGCUCUACCACUAGUGCUAGCGCUAGCGUUUAUUAGCGAUGACGGUCUCGAAAAACUAUUUCAAGCACAACUCUCUUCGAUGCAGGGCUCUGGGGUUGGUGGGACGGGGUCUUUUUGUACAUGGUUUAUGCACUGCCUGCCUCGUAUUUAUAUUAUCAUUAUUAUUAUUGAAUAUUGUAGAGCGUAGACAGUAUUAGCCUAGGGAGCUGGUGCUGAAACAUAAAGAAACAGAAACAAGCUAGCUUAAACAGGCGAAGCCAUUAUCCUGAAUCAAAGUAUUUUUAUUAUGGCAAAUGGCGUCCACUACAAUAUCAAUUGAUUGAGUAUGUUUACGCUUAUGAUUAUGUUUGCUAUUAAAAUUAAACUGUGAUGGUGAUUAUGAUGAUAAUUAUUUAUUUAAGUAUUUAUUUAUUUAUUGUUAUUAUUAGUUAUGAUUUAUUUAAUGAAUAUUAUUGUGGUUAUCUGAGAUAUAGGUUUCUUGUUCAUGACGCAACAGAGCAGUUAUAACCAUUUUGCAAUUUUCAACAAUACAAUUAAGAAAAUCUCUAAGAAACUAGAAAUGAUUUGUGUCAGUGGCCCAAGGUGUUCAGGUCCACUGGGCUUCAGUCCAUGUUUCAGCGCCAGCAGUCCCCCGGACGAACAGUCUUACUUAUAGUUCUCCUACUCUGAUCUGUACCGUAGCGUAUUAUAGUCACAAGCUAGUUUACAUGCUGUUCUAUGAAAGCACUUCCUCUUCUGAAUUCUCUCUUUUAGAAGUUUCUUAUUUGGAAAUAGAAGCACAUUUAGAGUGAGACUUUUGACAUUGCCUUGUAGCGAGAAAUAUUCACCCCAGUACGAUUUUUUUUAAUUCAAAAGAAUAACAAAGGGUUGAAAUUACUAAAGCUGUAUUCUCAUGAAAUAAACAAAUGCAAAAAAGAAUGACAAACAAGUUUAAAACUGAAGUUACCACAACUAACUGACAAUACACAACUGACAAGCUCACAGUGUCUGCUACAGACAUUUGUUUUUUUACAACGCAUGUUCAAAAGACGCAUAUCUGCUCCGGGACAAGCAGAGACUGUUUUGCAGCAAAAACAACAACAACAACAACAACAACAACAACAACAACAACAACAACAACAACAUUGUAAAUAAACUGGUGUGACUGGGUGUGGGGGAUGGGUUUGGGGUCGGAUCAUUUCAUUGGAACUGCCAAGAUUGAAACUAAUAAUGAUGAUGAUGAUGAUGAUGAUGACGAUGAUAAUGAUGAUGAUGAUGACAACCUUGUGGACAAACGUUUGUCAGACUUCCUAUUUUUUUAUUCUUCUGCAGGGGUUUUUGUUUAUUUAUUUGUUUGGUUACUUCCGAGCAGUGGUAAAGAAGACCAUGUAAAGCACAAGAACGCUAGACAAUUUUUCGUCUCACUUCCUAAAUAAAGAGUAGCUUAAUCUAA